ACGGAAGUAGAGGCAGUAGAUAUCAGAGAGAGAGAGAGCGAGAGAGUGAGAAAUAGAGAGAGAGAGAGAGAGAGAAAGAGAGAGAGAGAGAGAGAGAGAGAGAGAGGAUUUUACUUUGAUUUUGGUUUUACUGGACUUUGGAGACUUUUACGCUCGUCUCAUCGGGUGUGAACAUGGAAUGGAAACUGCAACAAUUUGCCAAUUAAAGAGUUACUUCUGUUUUUUUGUUUUCAGCUCCAAGUAAUGCCAGGAGCACCCAAGUGGGAUAAUAAACUCAGUGUCAUGAUAUUUUUUCGAGCGGUCUUUUUCUGGACGCACCUGAACAGAUAACCCAAGAACACGCUGACUGGAAGAGAGGACUAUUCAGACGAGUCAGGAAGGUCCAGGGACUGAUCGCUAGUGAGUGCAAUGGCAGAAGAAUAUGAACAGUUCGGUGCGUCAGAGUUUAUUAAAGACCGUCUGUACUUCACCACUCUACGUGUCAAACCAAAAAACACAGGCAACACACAUUACUUCAGCACAGAUGAGGAGUUCGUAUAUGAGAGUUUCUAUGCAGACUUUGGGCCCCUUAACCUGGCCAUGCUGUACAGAUACUGCUGUAAGCUCAACAAGAAGCUCAAGUCUUCCACAAUGUCUAGAAAGAAACUGGUCCACUACACCAGUCAUGAUCAGAAGAAGAGAGCUAAUGCUGCUGUUCUCAUCGGUGCCUAUGCUAUAAUCUAUUUGAGAAGAAGUCCAGAGGAAGCCUACAGGACUCUGAUCUCGGGAAACAACACAAGCUACAUGCCAUUUAGGGAUGCAGCAGUGGGAGAGUGCUCCUUCAACCUCACUGUCCUGGACUGCUUGCAAGGAAUACGCAAGGCGUUGCAACAUGGUUUUCUGGACUUUGAAAGCUUCAGUGUUGAGGAAUAUGAACAUUACGAGCGAGUAGAAAAUGGAGACAUGAACUGGAUAAUUCCAGGGAAGAUUCUGGCAUUCAGCAGCCCUCACCCGCGUAGUAAGAUAGAAAAUGGUUAUCCUCUCCAUUCACCUGAGGCGUACUUUGCAUACUUCCAACAAAACAAUGUGACGGCCGUGGUUCGUCUGAACAGGAAGUUGUAUGAAGGCAGGAAGUUUGAGGAUGCUGGAUUUGAGCACCAUGAUCUCUUCUUCCUGGAUGGUACCACGCCCUCUGACCUCAUCAUCAGGCGCUUCCUGCAUGUGUGUGAAAGUACCGAAGGGGCUGUGGCUGUUCACUGUAAAGCUGGCCUAGGACGUACAGGAACGCUGAUUGGCUGCUACCUGAUGAAGCACUUCAGAUUCACUGCGGCUGAGGCCAUUGCUUGGACCAGAAUCUGUCGACCUGGAUCCAUUAUUGGUCCCCAGCAGAAUUUCUUAGAAGAGAAACAGCACAGUUUGUGGGUCCAAGGUGACGUUCAUCGGUCCAAACAGAAGCUGGUCCAGCAGAGACUGAGUCGACGACAGCAGCUGCAGCAACAGCGUCUACAGCAGCCGCAGCUUCACAGCUCUGACCUGGUUGAGAGAGGACAACAGGAAGAAAUGUCCCGUCUGCUCUCCAGCAUGGACGACCUGUCAAUCAACACCACCCUCUGCAAAUCGUUUAGCUUGGAUGAGAACAACUACAAGGAAACUAGUCUAACUCAGGGCGACAGACUGAGAGCACUGAAGGGGAAACGACCGCCGAGAUCAGUCUCAUCCUCCUCAAGGUUAAACCUUCCCAAAACCUCACAAUGCUCCAUCCUUCCUCCCCCUAAGUCCUCUAAAGUCUUCCUCCCUCUGUCCCCUUCCUCCUCCUCUUCUAAAAAGCUUCUGCGAAGCUCCUCCACCACCACUGCACACAUCAGAAGCCCCUUCAGCCUCAGUUUGUUCAGCACCAGGCCAGCAUUAAUUCACUGACUUCACUUUGGAUGUUCCCAUUCUGCCCUCAAGCCAACUCAACUGGUGAUGAACUGGUUAAAUUCUGGAUCAGCUCUCCUCCAACAUGCUGUGGUUUAAUGGGCCUUAAACAUUUUGUCUGCUAUUAUAUUUCUGACACAGCCACUUCAUUUGGAUGCAGGGACUGAUAGAACCAGCUCCCCAAGUUUAUCAAACAUUUAAAGGGCUGCUUUAAAACCAGGACCCAUUGGUCUCCUUAACCAAUGCAUGAUAAAAGGAUUAACACCCUAGAUCAGGGUCGUUCUACCAGAAACCCAUAUCUGACCCACGGGAUGAAUUUCCAAAGUGUGAAAAUGACACAGAAGAUAUUAUCUGAUAAAGAUAAAAGUGAGUAAUUAGUGUAAAUGGCAAUAAUGCAAUGUAAUCACACUAAGAGAUUUCAGUUUGCUCCUAAAAUGCAAUAUUUUAACUCAUUAAAUGUAGAUAUCUACUCCUUUGCACUAAAAUAAUAGAAAAAAUGGAAAAAUUGGUUGUCAUUAUUUAUAGGUUAUUGUGGUAUUAAGCCUCUUGAGAUUGGGCUGUUUGUGGCCCCUGAACUAAGAUGAGUUUGACACCCUGCCCUGGGUCAUCCUCUCGUCUCUGACAAGCAACAAGCAACUCAUGCAGUUAUAAGAACUCUGGGCUACAGUGGGGAACUGCUGGCACUCAGACUAUGUGUACUGGUCUUAUGACUCCUCAGAUCUCAUUAGAGUAUCUGCAUGAUACAAUUCUAUAUAUUCAUGUGGAAUAAAACUCCUGACUGAUGUCUUGGUGGGCCAUAGGGCCAGCAGUUUAGACACAUCAGCGGGUUGUUACCUACUGAGCAUUUUCAUGGUUAUUUUCACCCACAGUGGGAAUGUAAACUAAACUGAAGGUUUUCACAUGUUGAUCACAUGGGUUUAUAACGAAACAAAACAUGAAUUGCAAGACCUAGUAGUGUCAGAUUCUCUGUCAUAUCUAGUUUUAAAGGAGGAUUUAAUCAAAAUAAAUUAAUUAUUAAAACCCAUAUUAUCUCUAUCUUUGGAUAAUGGUGCUGCCUGUACAAAUCAUACUCUCCAUCAAGAGGAUUUCGAAAUUGUGUAGGUGAUGCAUUGAAGUGACUGGAGAAUGCUCCUGACCAGAUGCAUUGCCGUUCACUGCAACACUAAAGUCUUCCGUUACAGGUUUGGAUUUAUCAUGUGGAUUAAAUAUCAAAAAUGGUAAAGGAUUGUCACUUUCAGAUAUUCAGUCAGUUUUCUGUGUAACAUCAGUGGAGGAGUGGAAACAAAGCCACAUAAUUCUUAACAGCAAAUGCACUUUACUAUUAUAACCUUUAUUUAAUUAUUUUUUAUGUGUUUUAGACUAAACAAAAACUAUAAAGUGUAGUAAUUUAAACAGAGAUUAACAAGGAUUAAAUCAGACACUUGAUAUAUGACAGGCUUUUUAAGGACAAUAAUUAUAAUAAAACAUUUAGAGGAUAUUGUUGAUGGCCAACAUUGUAUUUGACUAAAAAAAGGUUCUUGGUGAUGAGAGUCAUUUAUAAAGGAAACUUAAUUUGUUUAUUUUUUUUCUGAGAAAAUGUAUGCAGAAUCUGUUUUAUUUUUGGGUUAACAUUAACUGUAAAAUUCCUAUGCAGACCAUGUUCAGUUGUGAAAUUGUGUGUUAUCUGGUCUCAGACCAUGCCUAAUUGGUGGUUUAUUCUGAAGAAAGAAUGCAUUUGUGAUAUUCUGUUUGAGAAGAUGGUUGUCAUUUAUGUUGCUGCAGAGACAAGAAUAAAGGCUGAGAAAUGAUAAAAUUA